GAAGAGGGUGUUCUUCUGCCAGAGCAGGGUGGGGUGGGUUUGUCUGAGUCGUGCUAAGAUCGGUGAGAAAAGAGAGAUGCUGCCCGAGCCCCUUUGCAAGGGCUUCUGGCCUGACAGGUUGUGAAUCGGGAACAAUUUCAAUCCAUUCGAGAAAACAGUCCAAAAACUAAUAAAGGGAACCACCUAGCCAUCACUGGCAAGGUUAAUGGACCGGCUCAUUCUGGAUGCUGUACACAGCUUUUUAGCUAAAGGGCCUGAAAAUCACUUAUUCAGUAUGCACAAAAAAUCGGAGCCAUUUUAGGGAAGGACACUAGGAAAAAGCAGCCUCAGAUAGAUCUCAUUUUCAGAUAAAAGGCAAAAAGAAGCAUUGCUUAUUCGAACUUUUAACAGAAUAGUACUGGGAGUUAAAGAUAGUUUCAGAGCAAGAAACCGAGCAGUUUGUCUCUUGUUUUUGCGGUUUUGCAGAGAUCUCCGUGUACUUUCGCACGCCGGCCGCCUGGUGCCGCUGCUGACCGCAGAGGCUCUGCGUAGCUCCCGGCUCCACGACCCUUGGGCUCGACCAGCCGGGGCUGCUCCGCUCGGGGGUCAGCGGGAUAGACCAACACCUCCAUUCUGCUCACGGAGGGGGAAGGAAGGUUAGCCGAGAGGGAAAUGGAGCUGAGAAAGAGGGAGGAACCGCUUCCAGGGCGAGCGUUGUUUGUAAUACUGCUUCUCUGCGUGUCGGGGGGGAGAGCAGAAACCGCCCGGUACUCUGUGCCCGAAGAGGCGGCGAGGGGCUCCCUUGUGGGAAAUAUAGUUAAGGAUUUGGGACUGACCGCUGAGGAAUUGUCGACUCGACAGGUUCGAAUCGUUCCUGAAGGAGAAAAACAGUAUUUUCAACUGGAUCAGCACACCGGGGAUUUGUUUGUGCGAGAACAGAUGGAUCGGGAGGAGCUGUGCGGGCAGAGCGAGCCCUGCCUGGUACGUUUCGAUGUAUUGUUGGAGGGUCCACUGCAGUCCUUCCGCGCCGAGGUAAGCCUCACAGACAUUAAUGAUCAUGCUCCCGUGUUCUUAAAUAAAGAGAUAAUUUUAAAGAUCUCGGAAACUACAAAGCCGAAAGCUCGUUUUUUACUGGAAAGCGCUCAGGAUCCAGAUGUGGGGAACAACAGUGUUCACCAUUACAACAUCAGCUCGAACGGUUAUUUCCAUAUCUACACUCGGCAGCGUAGUGACGGCAGGAGGCACGCUGAGCUGGUGUUGGACAGAGAGCUAGACCGGGAAAAGCAGGCAGAAGUGGUUUUUAGCAUCACGGCUGUGGAUGGUGGGUUUCCACCGCGCUCUGGUACAGCCGUUAUCCGCGUGGUAGUCCUGGAUGCAAAUGACAACAUUCCAGUAUUUACGCAGAGUCUGUAUAAGGUCCGAGUAUUAGAAAAUAGCUCCGAGGAUACCUUGGUGGCAGUCGUGUCUGCUAAAGAUUUAGACUCAGGAAUGAACGGGGAAAUAGCCUAUUCCAUAGUUCAAAAUUCAGAGGAUAAUCGAGAGACAUUUAAAAUAAAUUCAGAGACAGGGCAGAUUCGACUCAAAAAACCACUGGAUUAUGAAGAAAUAAAGACCUACGAGAUAGACGUUCAGGCCACGGAUGGAGGAGGCCUGUCUGCGAACUGCAAGGUGGAGGUGGGGGUGCAGGACGUGAACGACAACGCCCCCGAGGUAACAAUCACCUCCCUCACCAGCAGCCUCUCCGAAGCAGCCCAGCUGAACACGGUGGUGGCCCUCUUCAGCGUGCGGGACCGGGACUCAGGGGACAACGGCAGGACGAGCUGCGAGCUGCUGGGCGAGCAGCCCUUCAGCAUUUUGCCGCUGGUGGGUGAAGCGUACGCGCUAGUGACAUUGGAGGCGUUGGACCGAGAGAAGGUGUCGGGGUACAACGUGACGGUGCGGGCCAGUGACGCGGGUACUCCUGCACUCUCAACAUCGAAGACGCUGGUGGUGCUGCUCUCGGACGUGAACGAUAACGCGCCCACCUUCUCCCAGGCCAUUUACAACAUGGUGCUACGUGAAAACAAGCCCGCUGGGACGAUCCUGGGCCGCCUUAAUGCCACAGACGCCGACGCGGGUGAAAACGCCCUUGUGAGCUACAUGCUGGUGCUGACUCCACUGGAGGUCUCCGCUGCGCGGUCCUUCUUGUCGGUAGAGGCCGAGAGCGGCAUAGUGCGGGCUCUGCAUCCAGUGGACUACGAAGAGGUGCACGCCUUCGAGGUGACCGUGCGCGCCGCUGACGGGGGCUCGCCGGCGCUCAGCGCCGAGGCGCUGCUGCGGGUGCUGGUGCAGGACGAGAACGACAACGCGCCCGUCGUGCUGCACCCACCUCCCGACGGCAGCGCGGCAGCGGGCGAGUUGGUGCCGCGCUGGGCGCAGGCAGGUUACCUGGUGGCCAAGGUGGUGGCGGUGGACGCGGACGCGGGGCAGAACGCGUGGCUGUCCUACGAGCUGGCCAAGGCGACGGAGCCGGGGCUGUUCCGCGUGGGGCUGCACAACGGCGAGGUGCGCACGGCGCGGGCCGUGACCGAGCGCGACGCGCCCAGGCACAGGCUGGUCGUGCUGGUGCGAGACCGCGGGCAGCCACCGCGCUCCUCCACUGCCACCCUCACCAUCACCCUGGUGGACGGCUUCUCUGAAGCCUUCCUGCAGCUUUCGCAGGCGCAUGCGGGAAGCCCGCAGCAGGAAGAGGGCGACCACGACCUUCUCACUACCUACCUCAUCGCCUCCCUCUGCUGCAUCUCCUCACUCCUCCUUGUAGCCAUCGCAGCCUUUUCGGGGACCACGCUGUGCAAGGGUCGCCUCUGCCCGGCGCUCCCGAACUCCUCUGCUCGCAGCUCUGCUGACAGCGACUUGACUGCCGACGCCAGGGACAUGGCCGGCAGGGGAGAUCUGUGGCCGGGCUACCACUACGAGAUGUAUUUGACCAACGACUCGGGACAGAGUGACUUCAAGUUCCUGAGGCCCGUCCUGCCGAGUCCUCAGAGUCCACCAGGCUGCGCGGAGGCUGGCAAGGGCAAUAUGCUUGAGUGCAGCCCGCAGCGCGCUGGCCAGAAGAGACCUGAGCAGGGGACAGCAGCCCCUCCGUCGCUCUAACUGCCUGCCUGCUCUCCUCAAGCCCGGGCGGUUGCAGCGCGCAUGCCUGCACGGUAGAGCAGGAGGUGCCUUUGUGCUUGCACCUGUCUGGGAGCGUUUCCCAUGUCUCGUCCCCACCAUGCGAUCUCGAGUAGAUGUAGUGAUGUGCUGUUUUUCUGCGUGCACAAUACCUGAUAGGGAGAUCCACGCGGAGGCCCCUUCCUGGUUUCUCAGAGCAGAGAAGGCGGACAGGUGCCUCCGGAAAAAGCCUCCGCCUCGCUGUGCGGGGUUGAAAGGCCUUCUCCUAGUCUUCGGGCUUUGUGUUUGUCCUUGUCCUUCUCCUUGGCCCUCGGAAUUGUGUUUGUCGUUGUGUUACGGUUGGGUUUGUGGCAGGGUGCCGAGGUUGGCAUCAUGGCGGGCUCUCGCAGAUUGUAGAGGGCGGAGAGGCUGCGGAGCUGCGGGCGCUACCGGUGCGUUUGCGUCAAGCUCGGCGUUUUCUCCCGCUGCAGGCUUUGCCUUUGCUUUUGAGUGUGUGCGGCGGGCAGCGGGACAUGUGCACAUGUGCCCGAUGGAGCGUGGCUGCAAGAGGCAGCGGCCAGGACCGCGUCCCGACCAGGAGCAGUCCACAAGGAGAGGUGAAAAGUCUUUCACUUGGGGAGAAAGAAUCCCUUGUUCCAUGAAAGCUGCCUGGUGGAAAAGGCCCAGGGGUCCCGAUGGACACCAAGAGGAACCUGAGGCAGCAUCAUGCCCUUGUCAUAAAGAAGGCUAAUGAUAUCUCACGUUGCAUCAGUGGAGUAUCUCAAACAGGUUAGGGAAAAUCGUCCUUCCCAUCUGAUCACCACUGAUGAGGCAAGACCCUGCCUAGUGUUUCAGAGAUGAAAGGGAUCUAGCUCAUGACACUUACCCUUGUUUCCUGGAGAUUAAAACUGCACUUGUAAUUGUCCUAGCAAAUGACCCUCUAAGAAGUCAGAUGAAUGAUUUUCUUCACCCCCCAAGAGAAAAUUAAAUUAAAUUAAAUUAAAGAAAUUAAAGUUUCCUCCCUUCAGGAAAUAUGUUCCAUCUCGGGAGUAGCUUUUCUGAAAUGCUUCAUAAGUAGAGUUUGGCUCUUUAUAUUGGCUCUUUAAGUUCUUUGUCUUGCUAAAGAGUUUCGUUCCUUAAAUUCUUUGUCCUGCUUGUUAGGGAGCAAGUGGACCUCAUCCUGUCCUUUUUCUGGGAUGUAACACAAGGGUGAAAUUGGGCAACAGUCAUUCUCAUGGUAAUGCCCCUUGGCCAUCCUUCCUUAAAAGCAAAGCGAGUCACGCUCUUGUAAUGCACUUUAGCCUUGUCCCCAUGGCAGCAGGGAAAGGAUGGUGUGAGUCCUGUGUUUCAAUGCAGCACAAGUACUGCUCUCUUUCUUGGCUGGUUCCUGGAUCUCUGUGUCUGAGAUGCAUGG